UAAAUUCAUUUAGUUGUCAAAGUGCUUUAAUUGUCGGUUGGCUGCCAGAUAGCCUAGCAUUUUUUUAUUAAAAAAAAAUCCUUGAACUUGUCGGAGAAACAAGUUUCUAAUAAGAAUAAUCCAAUCCUGAGAUGGUUUUAACUGAGGCCCUCUUCCUUGUGGUGGCUGCCCUGGUGGCGGUUUACCUGUGGUUCCAACGUAACCACACCUACUGGCAGCGAAAGGGCAUCCCCUAUAUUCCACCCACGCCAAUUAUUGGCAACACAAAGCCAGCCUUUAAAUUGGAGACCUCAUUUGGACUCUACCUGUCCGAUAUCUACAAUGAUCCUCGGGCUAAGGACGAAGCUGUCGUGGGCAUCUACGCCCUGAAUAAGCCCGGUCUGAUUAUCCGCGAUGUGGAUUUGAUCAAGUCCGUCCUGAUCAAGGACUUUAAUCGAUUCCACAACCGCUACGCCCAAUGCGAUCCACAUGGAGAUCCCUUGGGCUACAACAAUCUGUUCUUUGUGAGAAACAACCAUUGGAAGGACAUCCGCACCAAGCUGACUCCUGUUUUUACAAGCGGAAAGGUCAAACAGAUGUAUCCACUGAUGCAAGAGAUUGGCAGAGACCUGGAGGCAGCUCUGAAAAGACACGGCGAGGAGAGCUCUGGAAAGUACAUCACUGAGAUUAAGGAGAUCUGCGCCCAGUUCUCCACCGAUAGCAUUGCCACUAUCGCAUAUGGCAUCCGGGCCAACAGUUUGGAAAACGCCAAUGCCGAAUUCCGUAAUCAUGGACGGAAGCUUUUUACUUUUAAUGUUUCGCGUGCCAAGGACUUCUUCGUGGCCUUCUUCCUUCCCAAACUGGUCUCCCUUCUCCGUAUCCGUUUCUUCACCCCGGAGUUCUCCUACUUUAUGAGAUCCACCAUUGGUCAUGUGCUGGAGGAUCGGGAGCGUACGGGCUUCGUCCGCAACGACCUUAUUGAUGUUCUAGUGGCUUUACGGAAGGAGGCGGCUGCAGAACCGUCUAAGCCACACUAUGCUCGUAACCAGGACUUCCUGGUGGCCCAAGCCGGUGUGUUCUUCACGGCUGGCUUUGAGACUUCCUCCUCUACCAUGUCCUUCGCCCUGUACGAGUUAGCCCAGCAUCCGGAGAUGCAACACCGCUUGCGCCAAGAGAUCCACGAGGCCCUGUUAGAAGGUGGUGGCAGCUUAUCCUAUGAAAAGAUCCAGAGCCUGGAGUACCUGUCCAUGGUUGUGGAUGAGGUUCUCCGCUUGUAUCCGGUCUUGCCUUUCCUGGAUCGGGAAUACGAAAGUGUCCAGGGUCAGCCAGAUCUAUCAUUGAAGCCCUUCUACGACUUCUCCUACGAGAAUGGAACUCCAGUGUUUAUACCAGUUUUUGGCUUGCAACGCGAUCCAAAGUAUUGGCCCAAUCCCAACCAGUUCGAUCCGGAGCGCUUCUCUCCCGAGAACCGUAAGAACAUCCAGGCUAUGGCCUAUCUGCCCUUCGGCGCUGGACCCCACAACUGCAUCGGCAGUAGGAUUGGCCUGCUCCAGAGCAAGCUGGGCCUGGUACAUUUUCUCAAGAAUCACGCGGUCCGGAACUGUGCCGACACCAUGAAGCAGAUGAAGUUCGAUCCCAAGGGGUUCGUGCUCCAGGCCGAUGGCGGCAUCCACCUGGAGGUCGUCAACGACAGUCUCUAUGACGUCGGUGCGCGCGAUUCGAACCAAUCAGUGUGAACUUCAUUCUAGUAGAGAUGCUGUACCACCUAGCGAUAGGGCCAGUGAUUAGCUGUCAGGGUAAUAGCCCUCUGACAACUGUCAUAUGUUUAUGUUUUUUUACAAUUCUAAUAUAAUCCGUGUCCGAAUGCGGCGCUUCGUCUAGUGAAUCAAAGUCGGAAUUGUUAUCAAAUUGCAUUUAAUCUUUAAACUGGAAAAUCUGGAAAAUUGCGCCACCAAUAAAUACAAAUAUAAUCUGUUA